CAAGGGAAUGUUCUGCACUGCCUAACGAGAUAGAUGUCCAGCAUGGCUUGAAAUGAAGUGCCUGAAAUGGCAGGUUAAGUCUAGACUUCAUUUCAUAGGCAGAGGUUAGCCAUGGAAGAGUCAGUGUGCCAGGAGUUAGACGGAAACCUUGAGACCAAGGUGUGCCUCAGGAUUCUGCAGCAGAAUGUCUGAAGUCUUUGGAUUUCUACUGUCAAGUUCCAGUGUUCUCCUAUCAUCACUCACCUCCACAUGCCGCUACAAACCUGUUGUUUAGGCCUAUCACCACGGUGGAGCAGUAGGUGGCGAUGUGCUGAGAGAGGCUGGUCCCAUCAUUCCUUGCGGCAUAACAACUUGCCGCCAUGAUGCCGAGCGCCGCUGUGUCUGUGACGCGUCACACUGUGGUCGAGGAAAGGUUGCUGUGUUGAAAGGUUGGACUUUGUGAGGAUGAGGGGUUGAAGGAGGGAGGAGACCUUACUGAAGUCCAGGAGUGGCCAAAGACCGCGAUAGGACUGAGCGGGGAGGCGAGCGGAAACCGUUUUGACGGCAGUCGCCAUUUUUAGCGUUUGUGCUUCUUGAAGUAGGCCUCGGCAGCCAUGGCCAUUGAAUUUGGGGACCCCACCAGCGGCUUCCGCCACACUGAAGUGAUGCAGUUCAUUAACAAUGAAAUUUUAAUGAAUGGUGGCGACCAAGACUUCUAUUUGAUCUUCCGCUCACGGGCCUGGAAAGACGUCGAGGACGCCCUUUACAAUAUCUUGGGUGACGAGGAUAUUCCUCGCAGCCACAAGAGGGCUUGCACCUGGAGCGCGCUUGCCCUAGUACCGAGAGUGGUUGGCAAACAAAGAGAGCAGCACAUGCGCAAUGUCAAGUGGCUGAAGGAACAACUGGGAACCCAUCAGUCACUCUCCUGGGCUUUAGAUUCAGAGUUGCAGCAGCUGUGUCAGCAGAGAGACGAGGCGGUCACACAGCUGUCCAUAACAAGGUCUGCUUUGCAUCAGGUACAGAGUGAGUGUGAUAUGCUCCGUGGGAGGCUGCUCCAGUUUGAAAGGUGCGUGCCGGUUGGCCCUCUGACCCAAGAUACAGUGCCCAACCCACAAGCUGGGCAGCUUGGGGCUACAGCAUGGCCCCUGUAUUCAGAGCAGCAGAGAGAUGUGUGGGCUAUGGGAGAACAGGGCAGGGUCUUUUUUGAGACCCCAGUAGCAGCCCCAGCAAGUGCUGCUUACAUGCCGAUAUCCCCAAUUUCCGGGUCCCCGAGUUUCUGGGCUCCGAGUAUGCCACUGCCUCUGCCAGUCUUAAUGCCAUCACCCUUCCCACUCAGCGCACCAUUCCCAAUGGAAUUGCCACCCUUGCAGCUUCUAACACCUGCAGUAAUCAUAGAACCAGAGGCCAUAGCCCCAUUUCAGAUGCCACCUGCGGGGAUUUACCCACCUGGCCCAUUGUUAGCUCUAGGGAACUUCCAGGAUGAGAUGGCACCUCUGUGGGACCACAGUUGCUAUGAGCAGGUGGAAGGCCCAGAGAUGCUACAGGGCUCAGUCCCAGGGGACAACGGAAGCCUCAGACAGACAGAUCUGCAGAGGCCCCAGGGAAUGUCUGUCCUUGGGGAAAGGGGUUACCAUAGACAAGAAGGAGAUCCGGAGAGGCCCCUGGAGAUGACCCCCCUGGGGCAGAGAAGGAACCCCAACCAAAAAGAAGGUCCAUUGUGGCUCCAUGGAGCUCCCUUCCUUGGGGAAAAUUGGCAGUAUAACCAAGAAGAAGGUCAAGGGAGACCCCAGUGGGUGGAUUUUCUGGGGGACAGCAGAAGGCCCCGCCAGGAAGAUAAUCAAGAGGGAGCCCAGCAUAUAGUAUUCCCAGGUUUCAGUGAUAUUCAGAGCCAGGCAGAAGUUCUAGACAAGGCUCAGGAUGUGACACACGCGGUGAUUGAUGGGAGCCACAGCAAGGAAGGCGGUACAGAAUACAUCCAGGCCAAGGCUCAGGAUGUGACUCACGCGGUGAUUGAUGGGAGCCACAGCAAGGAAGGCGGUACAGAAUACAUCCAGGCCAAGGCUCAGGAUGUGACUCACGCGGUGAUUGAUGGGAGCCACAGCAAGGAAGAAGGUACAGAAUAUAUCCAGGCCAUGACAGCUCCAGGGACCAGCGGAAGCGAUACCCAGGGAGGUGUCGAGAAAGGUCAAGGUGUGAUACCCACACAGUUCAGCAGGAUGCCGGAAGAUGAAGAAAGACCCCAGUGCAUGAUAUCCCUGGGUUUGAAGAGUCACAAACAGGAAGAAAGUUCAGAGAGAGCUCAGGACGCCACUUUGUGGAAGAGCCCGAGUCAAGCUCUGAGAGAAAGCCCUAAGAAACAGCAGCCUCAGCAGCAGAAGACCGAGGAAAACCAAGAGAAGAAAACCUUGGAGUCUCAAGAGCAGAAGUCUGUUUCACGCCGCAGUCCGAUGAGUUGGGACUGCCCAUGGUGUAAAGCGCUGAAUUUUUCAUGGCAUACAACCUGCUCUAAAUGCAAGAAGAAGAUCUGUAUGCCAGUUGAGAGUGGAGAUGUUGACCCAGAACAAACUCAGUGAUUUCAAGAAGGCGGUGCGUUCUUGAUAGCUGUGACCGACUGGUGCACGCCCUGACGAAGCUGAAGUUGUAAAGCGAAGCCUAUUCCUUGUUUCUCAUUUCUUCUCCCUUCUCUGAAACAGGCCCUAUGUCUGGUAGCAGCCAUGUGAUUUUACAAU